AUGGCAUCUCAAGACUCGCCACCAGCGGACGACAAGGACGUUCAGACGCGCGAGCAGGCGUCUCAAACGCCAGCCAUCGGGAAUGGCUCUACAGGCGUAGACACUAGUGCGCAAGCGCACGGGCAGUCACCUACAUCGUCUUCGGAAGCGGACAAGGAUGUUAACCCAAACCCUUCUAACACCGUUUCCACCUUCGUUUCACCAGCCGAACGCGAAACCGUGAAGCCUAGUGAAAAGGAGAAAGACAAGGACAAGGGUUCAUUAGCUACAUCCCAGACCCAUCCUAAUACAACUUCUACAAGCGCUACGUCUAGCACCGCUCGUCGAUUUUCUAGGAAGGUCAAACCUGCGUCAAAAACCACUAAAUCUUCAACUGCUUCGUCUAGCUCUGCACGCGAGAAGACUACUUCCAAUAAUCAUUCUAGAGACGAGAACAGGUCUGUCAGAGGUUCUCAGAAGAAGGAAUCAUUCAUCGUCAAACUCGUGCGCAAGCUUGUGCCAUGUGUUGCUCCCAGCGAUCGUACACAUGCGAUUGAAGUUGAUGUCGACGACGCCACGCAACACAAGGCCAUUGGCACUGCUAAUGGUGCCUCAGCGCCCGUAGUCGAUACCAGUGCGCCCACCGAAAAACAGGUUGAAGUCAAGGAACAGGAACGGGAAAAGCCAAAUCUUGUGGUAGAGGUAUCCCCUCCUGCAGCAGAAACCGACCCUGCAGAAAUCGAGGUUAUUGUGCCCCCUACGCCAACCAAGGCUCUCCUCCCAAUAUCUGAAACAGAGGGGAUGACCAGCGGAGCAGUCCAACCUCCAGGAUCGACUGGUGCAGACAUUCCCCCUCCCUCACUAUCAACUCCUGUAGAUGUAUUACAAACGCCAUCUGCAGGCACCACCCCACACGCUGGAGACACCUCGCAUACAGCAACCGAUUCAGAAGGGAGUUUCACUGACGAAGAGGGUCACGGAGAACCGGAAGAGCCCGAGGUAGAAGAAGGGGAACCGAUGGAGGAAGACGAUGAAGAUGCUCUGAUCCUUAAUGGAGGUGCAGGUAUUCCGAUAGGGCCUGAUGGCGAAUUGCGCCCGCUCCUGCCACCAAUAGCGCCUCACCACGUGGGGCGCAAGUGUCUCGUUCUCGACUUGGACGAGACCCUUGUACACAGCAGCUUUAAGUCCAUUCAACACGCGGAUUACGUUGUUCCUGUGGAAAUUGAAUACCAUUGGCACAAUGUGUACGUGAUCAAGCGCCCGGGGGUCGACAAUUUUCUGAAGAAGAUGGGCGAAAUUUACGAGGUGGUGGUCUUCACUGCUAGCUUAAGCAAGUAUGCAGACCCAGUCUUAGAUAAGCUGGACAUUCAUCAAGUAGUGUCGCAUCGACUAUUCAGAGAGAGUUGCUAUAAUCACAAGGGGAAUUACGUCAAGGAUCUCUCCCAAUUGGGCCGUCCUAUUGCAGAUACCAUCAUCCUGGACAACUCUCCAGCAUCAUACAUUUUUCACCCCAACAAUGCGGUCCCUGUCUCAUCGUGGUUCAAUGACCCACAUGACACAGAACUCACCGAUCUUUGUCCCUUCCUUUCGGACCUUGCCGAAGUGAGAGAUGUUCGGGGCGUCCUGGAUGGCGGUCUGUAG